GCUUACUUGUACGGGUGGAAGUUCACCUUGGUAACCGAUCAUGAGCCUCUGCUAGCCCUGAAGAAAUCUAAGGAUUACUCGGGCAUGAUCGGGCGAUGGGCAACGGUGCUGCAGAGCAUGGACUUUGACAUUCGUCACUGGAAACACGAAAGGCACGGGAAUGCGGACGGAUUGACAAGACUGCACCGACCUGAGAAGGUUCCGAAGAAUGAGGAGGUGAUUCCGUGGAACAAACCGAAGAAGGAGAACGGGUCUCGGUACGGCCAAGUGGCAAGGAUACAGACCGACGAGCAUCCUGCGUGUCUCGAGAACGUGGAGCUGCUGAUCAUACAAGCGUGGAAGACCAACGUGGAGGGCGAUCUUCUGGGCUUUCUUUUUGGAUCAGUACGACCGGGCCACCGCCAGUUGAUUGCGCAGGAGCUCAUCGCGCCGAUCGUACAAUUGGCGGACGAUCUCUCGUUAGACAUCGUUUCGCAAAGUGACGACAGUCCCGCCCCGCACGUCCUUGCACGGUCAUUGGAUCCGUACCUUCAGUGGAGCACGUGCUUGGAGGAGCCUGGGGACGAAGAUACGCUACCAUCGCGGCAGGAAUAUCUAAAGUCGUACGGCCUCAUCAAUCAUGCUUUCUAUCCAAAGGCGGAGGAGGUGGUGAUUGACGACGGCGAAGAAGACGGCGACGAUGAAACGUCAGAAGAGGGAAGCUAUAGCGAGUACAGCGAGGGCGAGCCGAGCGAAGAAGAAGAGGAGGAAGAAACAGGAUCUGAGUGGGAGGCCUUGCCGAAGGAAGCAACGCGUACUGGCACGGAAGCGGACGAUCCUGAGGUGGCACGACGACGGGAAGAGAUUGCCGCCGGGAAACACGAGUUGGAAUUGGCCAGCGGAGCCAGCCUGAACAUCGGUGACGAUCCGACCAAGGAUCCCGAGCCCCCAAAGCCUGAAGAUGGCGACCCAGUAGCCGCCACCUCAAGCACCUCGCGGCGGAGACGAAGUCGAUCCCCCUCCCCCUCCACCCCAACCCGUCCCCCAGUUCGUCCACGUACCGAUGCGGGCGAUAGGCCUUCGCCCUCGGACGGUAUCCCGCCCCCCCCUUGAUCUCCUCACCCUCGAACAGAUCCACACCCCCGUCACCUUCCCUCGCCACCCCUUCCUUCCCCAUCUCUUCGGAGAUUUCUAUUCUACCCGUCUA